UCCCCCUCUCGUUACGAGUCCAUUCUCCAUAGUCCAUAAUGUUUUAUUCUUUGUCUCGUCGUCUCUGACGUUGAGAAUUAAAUCUAACCAAAUUGGAUAAAUAUUUCAUCCUUGAACCAGAAAUCCUCCGAUAUCCAUUUCAAAGGGGCCAUGGAUCUUUGGUCCCUUCAUGUGAAUAACAGCACCCGAGGACCUUUCUGCGCGAAAACCUGUCCAUUUCUACAGAGAAAUUCAUGGCCUGAAAGACCUUUUUCUUGCAAUUUGGGGAAGACGGGAUCUUUACGAGUUGAGGAUGGAAAAGUUCUCGAGAUUAGAGUUUCAAAGUUAAAGAAUUCUUCUUAUCGGUCCAUGAUCGUAAGGGCGAUGGGCAAGAAGAACCACGAUGGUUCAUCUUCUGGAAGUAGUGACAAAUCUACUCCAGAAGGUGAUGGCUUGAAAGGAAAAGAUCCUGGCUCUGAUGGCAAUAAAUCCAAUGAGAGUACCUCCCAUAAGUCGCGUAUAAUCUCGGACUGGAGAACUUUCAGGGCAAACCUUGUUGCCCGCGAACAGGUGCAAAAUGUAGAUUCUGAUUCUUCUGCUCAAGAUAGGGUCUACCAUGAGCCAACCAGGUCACUUGGCCUUAAAUGGGCCCACCCAAUUCCUGUACCUGAGACUGGUUGUGUUCUGGUUGCCACCGAGAAGCUUGAUGGUGUUCGUGCCUUUGAAAGAACUGUUGUCCUGCUCCUCAGAUCUGGAACCAAACGCCCGUAUGAGGGACCAUUUGGUGUCAUCAUCAACCGCCCGCUUCCCAAGAGAAUUAAGCACAUGAAGCCCACAAAUCUUGACCUUGCAACUACCUUUGCAGAUUGCUCUUUGCAUUUUGGAGGGCCACUAGAAGCUAGCAUGUUCUUGUUAAAGACCGGAGAGAAAUUUCAACUUCCAGGUUUUGAACAAGUGAUUCCUGGACUGUGUUUUGGUUCUAGAAACAGUUUGGACGAAGCUGCAGGGCUAGUAAAGAGAGGGGUGCUUAGGGCUCAAGAUUUUAGGUUCUUUGUUGGAUAUGCAGGAUGGCAGCUUGAUCAGUUAAGAGAGGAGAUUGAAUCAGAUUACUGGUAUGUUGCCGCAUGUAGUGCAAAUUUGAUUUGUGGGGGUUCACAGGAUUCUUCAUCAGGCCUUUGGGAAGAGAUUUUGCAACUAAUGGGUGGUCAUUACUCAGAACUGAGCCGGAAGCCAAAGCAGGAUGGUUCAUGAAGGUAUGUGCAAAAUGAAAUUGUACAGAGCGUUUGCUGAACUUGAUUGGAUAGAUGCUACAGAUCUUUUAUGUAAUGUAUUAUCUUAGUGAAGUGACUCUUUGUUACCUAGAUGAAAAUAGAACAGUAAAGGAAAGAGGUCAAUUUAAGAAUUUCUCUAGUGAUUAAGUACUUA